AUGGCUCUGCCCACACUGCCCUUCUACUGGUGCAGCCCGCGGCUCCUGCGUCAGCAGUUAGCACGGCAGCGAGAGCAGGCGGCCCGGCUCCGGGAGCAGUGGGAUCAGAACAGCCGCUACUUCCAGCUGUCUGAUAUCUGCAGCUCCAAGCAGGCGGAGUGGAGCUCCAAGAUCUCCUACCAGCGGAGCAUGCAUGCCUACCAGCGUGAAAAGAUGAAGGAGGAGAAGAGGCGGAGCCUGGAGGCCAGACGCGAGCGACUCAGGCAGCUUGUGCUAGAGGAGCAGGACCUGCUGGCCAAGGAGCUGGAGGAGCUGAGGCUGAGCAUGAAUCUGCGGGAAAGAAGAAUCCGCGAGCGGCACAGGGACCUGAAAUCAGCCCAAGAAGAGCAGAGGAAACUGAUUGCUGAGCAGUUGCUGUAUGAGCACUGGAAAAAGAACGACCCCAAACUCCGAGAGAUUGAGCAGGACCUCCACAAGCAGCAUGUGAUAAACUGCUGGGAAACACAGAGAGAUGACAAGAAACAGCAAGAAGCCACCGAGGAGGAAGAGAAAAAGCAGUAUGAAAACGAAUACGAAACGGCCCGCAGGGAAGCGAUGGAGCGGAUGGCAGCAGAGGAGGAGAGGAGGCAGCUGGAGGAGAGGCUGCGGGCCCAGGCGCUGCUUCAGCAGAUGGAGGAGCUGAAGGUGAAGGAGAUAGAGGCGACCAAACUGAAAAAGGAGCAAGAGAACCUGCUGAAGCAACGGUGGGAGCUGGAGCAGCUGGAGGAGGACAGGAGGCAGAUGGAGGCCUUGCGGCAGAAGGCGGAGCUGGGGCGCUUUCUCAGACAUCAGUAUAACGUGCAGCUCAACAGGAGGACCCAGCAGAUCCAAGAGGAGCUGGAGGCAGACAGGCGGAUCCUCCAGGUGCUCCUUGAGAAGGAGGAUGAGAACCAGCGUAUCCACCUGGCCAGGCGGGAGCAGGCCCUGGCUGACGUGGAGUGGAUGAAGCAGGUGGUCGAGGAGCAGCUGCGGCUGGAGAGGGAACGGGAGGCAGAGCUGCAGAUGCUGCUGAGGGAUGAGGCCAAGGAGGUAUGGGAGAGGCGCGAGGCGGAGUGGGCCCGAGAAAGGAACGCCCGUGACAGACUGAUGAGUGAGGUUCUGGCAGGGCGGCAGCACCAAAUCCAAGAGAAGAUUGAACAGAACCGACGGGCGCAGGAGGAGUCCAUAAAACACAGGGAGCAGCUCAUUCGCCAUCUUGAGGAGGCGAGAGAACUGGCUCGUCGGGUCAAAGAGGAGACCGAAAAACUCAAGUCGGCCCGGAAGCAGGAGCUAGAAGCCCAGGUUGCAGAGCGCCAGCAGCAGGCAUGGGAAGAGGACCAGCAGGAGAAGGAGGAGGAGGAGGAGGCCAGGCAGGCGGAGCAGCUCACCGAUGUCCUUCUCCAGCGGGAGGCGAAGAUGAUGGCUGAGCAGGGAUACCGGCCCAAGACUUACGGACACCCCAAGAUUGCUUGGAACUGA